AUGAGGCAUUUCAAUCAGUUAUCUGUUCAUUUGGAGGAUAAAAUGCCGGAGAUCUGCAUUGCAGCUUUUGAAUUGGGUUUGAGGCCGGGUGGUUUAAACAGUAAUUUGAGUAGAAAACCUGUGGAGACAAUGACGCAUUUACGCGAAAGGGUGCAGGGAUACAUCAGGGAGGAGCAGAGCGAUCAGAUAAAAAACAACCGCCCAAACGCAGCGGUUACAGGGCAGAAACAGCAGUUGGAGGCGAAGAAGGGAUGGACUGAACGUGGCAACGCGGGGUAUAACAAUCGCAAUCGUUAUGACGGUCGAUUUGAUUACCGUUCCAAUUUCAAAAAUCGUGCUCAGCCGUAUGGGGUGCGUGGGUCUGGACAUUCAAUGACGUGGACUCGGAACCAGAAUGAUCGUGCAACGCCUUUGGCGGUUAAUCUUACUGAAGCCUUACACACGUGUUUAGAGGCGAAUGUAAUUCGUUUUCCUCGACAACCAAAACCGCCAACAGGCCACGUGGACAAAACCAAAUGGUGUGAAUACCACAGGAUUUCAGGGCAUAAUACUGAUGAUUUCUUCACGUUAAAACGGAAGAUAGAGGCUUUGAUUAAAGCAGGGUGCGUGCAACAUUUGGUAGGGCGAAACAACUCUGGAGAGGCAGAAACUUCAGUUAGGCGAGACGAUGGAGGCAAAGAAAUUGAGAAUGAAGGACAAAAGAAGCAGCAAGAUGGAAAAGCAAAGGGACGAAUUCACUCUAUUUUCGGUGGGUUUCGGGGUGGCGGAACAACCAAUUCAGCUCGGAAGCGAUACAUGCAUUCCAUAAAUGCAGUGUAUUCCAAUGAUUGGGGAAGCUGGGCUAUUAAUCAACUUGAUAUUACUUUCACUGUACGUGAUUUUAAAGGAAUUCAACCUCAUGAAGAUGACCCAAUAGUGGUGAUGUUACGAAUUGUUGAUUAUGAGAUUGAAAGAGUGUUAUUGGACCAAGGAAGUUCAGCUGACUUGAUAUAUGGAGAAAAUGUCUAUGUUAGGGGAUAUGUGGAGCUGAACACAGUUUUUGGUGAAGGGAAGAAUGCGGAGUCAUUUUCUAUCAAGUUUUUGGUAGUGAAAUGUACUUCGCCAUACAAUGUACUCAUCGGAAGACCAUCGUUGAACAGGUUGGGGGCGAUCAUCUCAACAAGGCAUUUGACAGCUAAAUAUCCCUUAAGCAAGGGUGGAGUUGGAAUUUUAAAGGCGGAUCAGAUGGUAGCUCGCAAGUGCUAUUCAGAAAGUUUUAAGCAAUAUGGUCAUUUGGGAAAGAAAGCGGUAAAGGAGGGACACAGAGUUUAUGAAGUGGAAGUGGAAAAAGCUGAGGUUAGUUUGGAUCCUCGUGAUGGUUUUCUUGAUCCUAAGAUGACAUCAGAGGAGGAAACUAAGGCGAUUGACAUUGGAGAAAGAAGCUUGAAGGUUGGUGUCAACCUUACAGCGAGUCAAGAGGACAGAUUAGUGAAGUUGUUGUCACAGAACAUGGAUUUAUUUGCUUGGACCGCCAAGGAUUUGCUUGGGAUUGACCCGGAGUUUAUUUGUCACAAAUUGGCACUUAAUCCCGGGGCGAAACCAAUUGUCCAGUUCAAGAGAAAGAUGGGUGAAGAGAAAGCAGAGGCUGUUAAAGUGGAAACUAAUAAGUUACUAGAAGCAGGAUUCAUCAGAGAGGUCAAGUAUCCAACUUGGUUGGCGAAUGUAGUUAUGGUGAAGAAAGCUAAUGGUAAGUGGCAGAUGUGUACUGAUUAUACAGACUUAAAUAAGCAUUGUCCAAAAGAUUCUUAUCCUUUGCCGAACAUUGACAAACUUGUUGAUAGAGCAUCUAGCUUUGGCAUGCUUAGUUUAAUGGAUGCAUAUUCAGGCUAUCAUCAAAUUAGGAUGUACCAACCUGAUGAGGAAAAGACAACCUUCAUGACAAACCAGGCGAACUAUUGUUACCAAACAAUGCCAUUUGGGCUGAAGAAUGCUGGCGCUACAUAUCAGAGAUUGAUGGACAAAGUGUUUGACAAGCAGGUGGGGCGAAAUAUGGAGAUAUACGUUGAUGACAUGGUGGUCAAAUCAGAGGAAGUGUUGGGACAUUGUUCAGACUUGAAGGAAGCUUUUGGUGAAUUAAGGAAGCACAAUAUGAGACUCAAUCCUGAGAAAUGUUCGUUCGGAAUUCAGAGCGGGAAGUUCUUAGGCUUCAUGAUCACAAGGAGGGGAAUUGAGGUGAAUCCAGACAAAUGUAAGGCGAUACUGGAAAUGCAGAGCCCAACUUCAGUGAAAGAUGUGCAGAAGUUAACUAGGAGGAUUGCAGCUUUGUCAAGGUUUUUACCGUGUUCUGGGAACAAAUCUGCACCAUUCUUUCAAUGUUUGCGAAAGAAUAAAGCUUUUCAGUGGACUGAAGAAUGUGAGAGAGCUUUCCAGAGUUUCAAAGAACAUUUAUCCAGCCCUCCAGUCUUGUCUAAACCAAUGCCAGGUAUUUCACUGUCAAUGCUUAUUUCAAUAUCUGAUAAUGUUGUUAGUUCUGUUAUGUUGCAAGAGAUUAAAGGAGAUGUGAAAAUUAUAUAUUUUGUGAGCCAUGCUCUUCAAGGGGCUGAGGUUCGUUAUCAGAAAAUUGAAAAGGCGGCGUUAGCCUUAAUCAUAUCUGCCAGGAAAUUAAGACCUUAUUUUCAAGGCUUUCCUGUGGUAGUCAAAACUGACUUACCUCUUCGCCAAGUCUUACAAAAGCCUGAUCUGGCUGGAAGAAUGGUAUCUUGGGCUGUUGAAUUAUCAGAGUUUGGCAUUACUUUUGAAAAGAAAGGGGCGAUUAAAGCACAGGUGCUGGUAGAUUUUGUGAAUGAGAUGUAUCAUGAGGAUAAUAGUGAAGCAGGUGAAUGGAGCUUGUCGGUAGAUGGAUCAUCAAAUGUUAAAGGCAGUGGUGCUGGCAUAAUUUUAGAGGGACCAGGGGGCGCAGAGUAUGAAGCUAUCAUUGCAGGUUUGAAGCUGGCGAUAGAAAUGGGAGUCAAGAGUAUUACAAUCAAGACAGAUUCGCAGAUAGUUUCAAGACAGAUUCAAGGUGAGUAUCAGGCGAAGGAUGCACAGUUGGCAAAGUACCUAGUCAAAGCACAGGGCUUGAUAAAGCAAAUUGGAGAAGUUCAAAUAAAUCAUGUGCCAAGAGAUGAGAACACGAGGGCUGAUAUUUUAUCGAAAUUGGCAAGUACUAAGAAGCCAGGCAAUAACAAGUCGGUUAUACAAGAAGUUUUGAAUAACCCAAGUAUUGAGGCUGAUGAAGUUAUGGCAGUACCGGCAGUUGCAAGUUUGGAUUGGAUGGGGCGAAUAAAGAAAUGCUUAGAAGCAGAAGGGGCGGAGCUAGCCAUGUUCACAAAGGAUCAGGUUCGAGAGGCAAGUCAUUACACUCUCCUUGGCGAUCAAUUGUACAGAAGAGGGGUUGGAGUGCCGCUUUUAAGACGUGUUUCAAAGGAGGAUGCGCAGCGAAUCAUGUUUGAGGUUCAUGAGGGGGUUUGUGCAAGUCAUAUUGGCGGCAGAUCGUUGGCAGCUAAAGUUCUAAGGGCAUGA